UUACCUGUUACAUAAAUAUUAGACAGAGAAUGAAAACAGUAUUUUACCUGUAAACAUGUUACGGAACAUUAUAUGCAUUCUAUAUUUGUUACUAAACAUUGAGUCAGUGUCAUCUGUAUCGAUUAAAAGACCACCGACAGAUUAUAUCUGCCCCGAGGUUAAAUGUAGUGGCAACUGUCCACGCGGCUACACUUAUGAUAUUCAUGGCUGUAAUACUUGUGAGUGUAAACCUACAUCAAUUAUAGAACCUAUAAGUUGUGGACCUGUUUGUAAGAUUGGCUGUAUAUAUUGGAAUGUAUUAGAUGCACAUGGAUGCCCAACAUGUCAUUGUAAGCCAAAAUCAUUUCAAACUGUGGUUGGCAAAUGUCCAAAAAGUUCUAAGUCAAAUAUAGAAUGUCCCACUAAACUAAGUCAUAGUUGUGAUACUGACUAUGAUUGCAGUGGAGGAAAGAAAUGUUGCACUUUCGGAUGUACUAGGAAGUGUAUUUAUCCAAAGCACGGACCGUUGAUAUAUCCUCCGGCUUGUGGACGAGUCUGCUUUAUAUCAUGUCCGUACGGAAAGGUCGUAGAUAGCCGUGGUUGUGAAACAUGCCGCUGUAAACCUAAACCCAGACCCAGACCAAUACCUUAUCCAUGUCCUAGGAUUAUGUGUCCAUUAAGACAUUGUGACCAUGUUGGCGCCCCUUCGAUAGAUAGACAUGGAUGUCCAACGUGCGGAUGCAGAUAGUAUGUGUGUAAAAGGUUACUUACUGUUUGAGAAUCAAGAACUCUAAGAAGAUUUAUAAAACUUGUGCAGUGGACAGUUGUUUAACUUUCUUUUUUUCCCAUUUCAGUGGUUGUAUGUUACUUUAUCUUCAUGUUCUUUGUUGACUUUUUUUAUAAUACUUGUAACAACUU